AGUAGUGCUUUCUCCAUCUGUGAAAAUUUCGGUAAUGCCGGGUACCUUUCGCUUCUGCAGAAGCGCGGGAGUCCAAACCGCGAGCUCGGAGGAAAGCAACAGCGACUCCCUUGCAGUACCUGGGCAGUGCUGGUCCAUUUUAAUACGCGCUCUCUCCUCCUCAUGCAAAUUGGGUGGGCGGAUUCUGCAACUGCUUGCACCUGUGCAGGCUCUCUCCCGUCCUAAGCCACACCCAAUAUGCUAAUAAGGGGGCGUUCCCACACCCCUGAGCCAUAUCCCCACAAUUCAGCGCGCCUUCAGCUACGUGGAGCUGCUGGUGGUUGGCGGAGGGGGCGCCCUAUUGUGACGGAUCGGGCGAAGAAGGGGAUUAGGGGGCAGCGGGGGAGCGCUCCUCCCGCCAGGACGACACCAUGAGCUCUCUGGGUGGGGAGACUUCGUCGUCCGACGCCUCCUCUCCAUCCCCGCAGGAUGAUGGCAUGAUGUGGUGGUACCGUUGGUUGUGCCGGUUGGCCGGGGUCAUGGGGGGCAUCUCUUGUGCAAUUUCUGGCCUCUUCAACUGUAUCACCAUUCAUCCCCUCAACAUUGCAGCCGGUGUAUGGAUGAUGUUAAAUGCCUUCAUCUUAUUUUUGUGUGAGGCACCUUUCUGUUGCCAGUUCAUUGAAUUUGCAAACACAGUUGCUGAAAAGGCUGAUCGACUGAGGUCUUGGCAGAAAGCUAUCUUCUACUGUGGGAUGGCAGUUUUCCCUAUUGUCAUCAGCCUGACUUUGACCACCCUUUUGGGAAAUGCUAUUGCCUUUGCCACAGGAGUGCUCUAUGGACUUUCUGCACUUGGCAAAAAGUAUGUCUGUUUCUUCAUCUUGUUUUGAUGUUACCAAAUCAUUUAUUGAUAUUGACUGUUCUGAUACCUGUAACUAAGGAAGACCUGGAGAUUCUUCCCGUUUUGUAGUUGAGACUGUGUAGGAAUGCAGUGGCUGAGCAAGAUCAGCAGUUCAGCUUUUUUAAUGGCUUGAUAGCCCCUUUUAAUGUGCCAAGGGAGCACAUUACUGGAGAAAGACAGGAUAAACAUGCCCAAGACUCCCUGCGUGUCAUCCCCAGAUUGGAGAGUUCCACUGAGUUUCUCUUAAGAGUCUUACAGAACAGGGACAGCUAGGUGACACAAUGGAUAGAGCAUCAGCCCUGAAGUCAGAAGGACCUGAGUUCAAAUCUGGCCUCAGCCACUUAAUACUUCCUAGCUGUGUGACCCUGGGCAAGUCACUUAACCCCAAAUGCCUCAGCAAGGAAAAGAAUAGAAAAGGAAAAAAAAAAAAGAGUUUUACAGAAUACUUUUUCAGGAAAACCAAAGGGUUGAGGAGCUUAGUCACCAGAUCAUUUGGAGAUUAAAUGCAAAGAAUCAUGGAGUUGAAAAUUAUGACAAUAUUACAGAACCAAAGAGUAGGAGAUGAGGCAUCAGUGACACUCAGGUUGAGAAUUUCUCUGGUUUUCUGAAUCCCUAUCAGGUUAUUUCUUAUCAAUUUCUAGAGUUUAG